UCAAUGUAGCCUGCAGCAAACAGCACCCCCUGUUGAUGUGUGUGUGUAACAACAGGUUGAGAGGUCGUGUUAGCUAAACGGUGCAGGGACGGCUACACUUUAGCUGCUGCAGUCAAAGCAAGAACUCAAAGAAAACAAAGUUGUCGUGUGACUAAAUAUUGGAAAUUGGAGGGGAAAGAGUUUCAACCUUUGUCACAGCUUUGAGGACUGGUAACGCAGUAGUUGCUAAGUUUUGUUAGCGAGCUAGUUAGCUGCUAUGUCGCAACCAAGCUGCUGCUGGACUUCUUGGAGCUAACAGAACUAGCUCUCCUAACUGAACAUAACUUUGAUUCUGGAGGAGAAGAAGACACUGAAAGAUGGCUGUGUCGGUGCGGGGCCUGUACUUUGUGGUGACCCUGUUUUUGGGUAGCUUCUUUGGAAGUGUCUUCAUGCUGGGUCCAGUUUUGCCCCUCAUGCUGCUGUCCCCUGCUUGGUACCGCUGGAUCACCGAUCGCAUCGUCGCUACCUGGCUCACCCUGCCUGUGUCGUUGCUGGAGCUGGUAUUUGGGGUGAAGGUGGUGAUAACGGGUGAUGGCUUCAUUCCUGGGGAGCGAAGUGUGAUCAUUAUGAACCACCGUACCCGCCUGGACUGGAUGUUCCUUUGGUGUUGUCUCCUCAGGUACAGCUACCUUCGUCUGGAGAAGAUCUGCCUCAAGGCUGCCCUGAAGGCUGUGCCUGGAUUUGGCUGGGCAAUGCAGGUGGCCUGCUUCGUCUUUAUUCACCGUCAUUGGGAGGAGGACAAGAAGCACAUGGGGAACAUGCUGGACUACUUCUGUGACAUCAGAGAGCCACUGCAGCUGCUUCUGUUCCCGGAGGGCACAGACCUCACCGAAAACACAAGAGCAAAGAGUGACGUGUUCGCUGCCCAGAACAACCUGCCAAAAUUCGAGUAUGUGCUGCAUCCCCGCAGCACUGGAUUCACCUUCAUCGUGGACAGACUACGAAAAGGAGACAACCUGGAUGCCGUCCAUGAUAUCACAGUGGCAUAUCCCAAAAACAUCCCUCAGACGGAACGCCACCUCAUCCUGGGACUUUUCCCCCGCGAGAUCCACUUCCACGUCCGCCGCUACCCAGUGGCUUCCCUGCCCUCCUCCUCCGACGACCUGGAGUCUUGGUGUCGAGAUCGCUGGGCUGAGAAGGAGAGCCGUCUGCGGGACUUCUACUCAAGCCAGCCCCGUGGCUUCGACAGGGACGGCAUCGCGCGCGUGCCACCUUGUAAGACGGAGCUGCGAGUGACUCUGAUCAAAGCCGCCUCACUGCUGUACUGGAGCAGCUUCAUCGCUCUGUGCUUCACCGGCCUGUGGCUGUGGGCUCCAUUCAGGCUCUACUUCCUGGUCGUGGUUGGAGUAUACGUGGCCCUGCAGAAGCUGAUCGGCGGGGUGGAGCUGCUGGAGUUGUCCUGCCAUCGAUACUGGAAGUCCAUGGCUGCCAACAUGGGCGAGAAGAGUAAGGUGCUGGAUGGGAAGAUGCAGUGAGGAUGGAAGAUGAGGUUGACUGGACAAUAUGUUUCCACCUAUGCUCAGCAAGGACACUGAGGACUCAGUCGUCUUGGCCUGUUCAGUCCAGAGGGCAAGAGGAUCCCCUUUGAGGGACCCGAUGCUCCACGCCUUAGAAAAGGGAGUUCACUUCCUGACGGUAUGCAUGGCUUCAGUUGAGAGAGAGCUUACCUUUCUGUUGAAGAAGAAAAAAAAGGAAUGUUAUUUUACAUGUAUCUGUGUUGGAUUCAAGGAAUUCAUCACACAAAAAUGCAUCACUUGCCAUUUGUACGUCUCUCCUUGUAUGAACUCUGUAAUUUAGCUUGCUGUCGGUGCAUUUUAUCAGGAUAUGUUGUUGGUGUUUUAUUAUAGUAGUUUGUUUGAAAACUCAGUGGACAUGUGUCAUGAAACAAUGCUGUUAUUAUUUGUUAUACUGUUGCCAUUAUGUCUUUGAAACUGGUUUUAUUGUAUGCUAUGUUGCCCUUGUUUUAUAUCCGUGUCAUACAUUUCGGAGCAGAGCCAUAGUACAGACCACUUGUACAUAUGAUUGACUUGACUCUAACCAAUAUUCAAAUCAGCACUGUAGUUAGCUGGAUUAGACUGAUGGGACUAGAUAAAUGAAUCAGUUUCAAUCAGUAGUCUCUAGCGAGGAAAGAAAAGGAUAGAUAUGAUUCCCAGAGAAUUGCUAAGGAAUAUACAGGUAUAUAUGUGUACCAUUGUUUACCUUUAUUGGGUCUAAUUACGCUUUUAUACAAAUUUGGGAAUGACGUGUUCCCAGUUAGUCCUUAGAGAUAACUUGUGUGGUUAUGUUUAUUACUGCGUAGGUCUGUAUGCUCAAGUAGCUUUUGCACAUAAAAGCCAAAGGUGAGAAAAGCAGACGUGAUUUUUAAAAAAAGAAACCAAACAGAAUGUAGUCGGUCUUUGUUAGGAAAAGGAUACUGGCAAGGUUACCCACAGCUACGCUGGGGGAACACUUCAACUCAUCAAGAUCAAAGAUCUGACUGAGAUGUUACGUCUGUAGAAGCAGAUGAGCUUUGUGCCCUUUCUGGGAACGAGGGGAUGCCUUUUAGAGGCAGGAUGUGUGGUGGAAGAAUGUCCUGUUGGGACAACAUUACCCCUCGAUGUGCAGGGUGGCAUAGAGGACCAGACUUGGAGUGGAAAACUGGCCAUGAACUCAACCUAAUCCAAAAAAGCCCUGUAAUGCCCACCUCUGCCUGUGUCCCUCUCUAGAGGACUGGCAUUGAUGCGCCCGCUAAACUCAAUUAGCAAAUGACAGCUGAGAAAGCUACUCCAAUUGUGCCAAAAAAGGACAGAAAUUGAAACAAGAUUGGAGCAGCGCUUCAGCCACACUUUUAGCCACAGACUCUCCGUGCCACUCGAUACCAUUUCAAUCUAUGUUCAUUCUUGGAGUCCGGAAACAUUUUAUGUGUGAGGACAGUCUAUAUAGCACCUUCUGUAAACACUGUGUGAUGUGUGAUGACCACUUCAACCCUAUUUUGUGAGUCUUUGUUUCUAUCAAUCUGAAGCUCCUUCAGUUUUAAGUGUAAAGAGGCUGUUUCCAGUCACUGUGAUCCAGCUAUGUUAACAACUUUAUAUCAUCAGCCUGUAGGUAGAGUUUACCAAACAUGGCACUAUAUCCCUUUUUCCUCAACACUGAAUCUCCACGUAUUACUCUUUCACCUCUGCUGUUUUUCUUUUGCUCAUUUUACAAUCACUUGCUGAUGCUGGACCUCUUCAAAGUCACUGUCCUCAGGUAAACAAGAGUCCGUCUCUUACACGAGGAAAUAUAUAUAUAUAUAUACAAAUAAAUAUACUAUAUCAACUCA